AGUGAGUUACGCGCAGACUCAGUAACGUUGUAUUUCUUCAUCCUACAGCUGCUGGGAAACAAAUCAAAAAGUCAAGCAUCCAAAUUCGAUAUGGGAGGUGACACGGACAUUAUACGUGGAAAAAUGUUAUUAAAACCUGACGAUCAACUUCAGUUGACCGAUACCGAACUGAACGAGGAAAUAGCCAGGGAAUUGACAAUUAAAAAUACAAGGGUGCCAAAUAAUUUAGUUGUUUGGUCGUACCACCGCAGAGAAUAUGUUGCCGUUCCUCACCCACCAAACAUUGUGACUGUUCUCAAUGUCCUUGGCACUGUCGUCCAUAAUGACAGUGAAGAAGCUAAAAAACAAUUAGUUGGAGAUAUCAUAGUUACAGAACAAAUUGAAGGUGAAGAUAAAAACGUAAAUGAAGAUGGUAAGGAAGAGAAGACCCAUGAAGAAAGCGACGGCAUAGAUGAUGAAGAAAUUGAGGAAGGUGAAGAAGACAAAGCAGGAGAUGACCUAAUAGAAUUCGAUGCCGAUGAAGAUAAUAUGACGCAGAAAGCCAAAAAGUUACCAAAUCAGUUCAAUUUUUGUGAAAGGGCUGCCCUCACCUAUCCAAUCCCAUCAAAAGACGCAUGGACAGAAACAAUGCCACCGCCAACAGCAACAUGUAAAGGCACCAUCCAUCAAUGGGAAAUCUACGAUAAUUAUAAGGCGGAUUAUGAACAGCAUCGCCUGGAAAAGGAGAAAGAGCGUAAGGUAUUGGCAGUUCAUAAGGAAGAUGUAAAAAAAACAACUCUCCAUGGAGAUGCUGCAAUGGCGAAUCGUAUGUUACAAGCAGCGAAAACUUUGGAACGAAUGGUCAAUCAAAACGUCUUCGACGACAUAUUACAAGAUUACAGGUACUGGGAUGAUCCUAGCGAUGAAUUUAAGCCUGGAGAAGGAUCACUAUUACCUCUAUGGAAAUUUACCUACGAAAAAAUCAAGAAACAUGACGUUACCGAUCUAUGUUUUAACAAUAAAUACUAUGAUCUGUUUGCUGUUGCUUAUGGAUCGAUGAAAUUUGACGACCCGAUGCCAAAUGGAGCAGUUUGUCUCUACUCGUUAAAAAAUCCAUCUUUCCCCGAAUGGAUUUGUAUGACUGAUUCGCCCGUAAUGUGCUUGGAUUUUAAUGUACAAAAUCCUUAUCUUCUCGUAAUUGGAACAAUGGAGGGCUCGGUAGCAGUAUACAACGUAAUGUUGGCUCCGACGACUCCACAAUACAAGAGUAAUAACGUAAUUCAAAAGCAUGCGGGCAUCGUUUGGCAGGUUUGUUGGGCACCGGACACCGAGGAGGGUAAUAUGGCUUUCUUCAGUAUAAGCAUUGAUGGACUAAUCAAUUAUUGGGUUCUAAAUCAAAAUGAACUUGGUGUCACAAACAUCAUGACUCUUUUUCUCGACCAUUCGCCUAUUUCUGGACCUGAUGGAACCAAAAUCCCAUUAAAGGGUUGCGGCACGUGCUUAGUCUUCCAUCCAAAUGAAUCAAACGUGUUUAUGGUGGGUACAGAAGAAGGCACCAUAUACAAAUGCAACACGGCCUACAGCAGCAUUUACAUGCAGACAUACGUAGAGGCUCACAAUAUGCCGGUCCAUCGAAUCGUCUUCAAUAAAUUCAACUCGAGUAUAUUUGCAAGCUGCUCAGGCGACUGGCGAAUCAAAAUCUGGGAGGACGACAGACUAGAGCCGCUAUUCAUGUUCGACCUCGGGGUAUCGAUCAGCGACGUCCAGUGGGCGCCCUACAGUUCAACGGUCCUCGCCUGCGUGUCCAACGAUGGCAAAGUCACGGUAUUUGACCUCAACGUGAAUAAGUACCGACCAAUAUGCAGCCAAGCGGUUGUCAGCAAGCGAAACAAGCUCACGAGGCUCGCUUUCAGCAAUUGCUUGCCCUUCGUGAUCAUCGGCGACAACAAGGGAACUGUCAGCACGAUGAAAUUGUCGCCAAAUCUCAGGCUCAAAGUAAAACUUACAAAAAAGCAGGCGCACCUAUCGAACUACGAGCUGGAAUCAGCGAAAUUAGAUAAGUUAUUAAGUUUCGUACGCGAGCCAGCAGUUUUGAUACCGCCAAAAGACAAUAAAGAAAAUUAAUUUAAUGUAAUUCUUAUCGACAAAUCAACAGUAAUCUCUCUACUUCUUCAACAAUAACAUCUUAGUAUUAAUUAUCAAUUGUCUCUUAUAUUUAUAAACUUACGUAUUUGGCACUAACUGUAUGCUCGUUUCGAUUAUGGAUACUCACUUUUUUUUUUCUUUUUCUUUAUAU